GCGAGAGGCGAUUGGUGGUUGGCAUGAGCGCGAGUGCAAUCUCGCGUCCACUUGUCAUUUCGAGAAAGAAGUAAUCGAUGGCUCCUGCUAAGACUGCCGCUAAGAAGCCCGCCGCCAAGAAGACGGUCGCCCGCCGCCAGAACGUUGUCUUGGCCCGUGGCAUCAACGCCAUCUCGGCCAACUCGCUCGCCCGCACGAACGGCCGCUUCAAGGCCGGCCCCAAGGCCUCGCAGAAGAAGGCUGUCGUCACCAAGACGCUCCGCAAGCCCAAGUGGUACCCCACGGACUACGUCCCGAAGCCGCUCCCGUCGGCCAAGACCGCCCGCAACUCGGUCAAGACCGCCAAGCUCCGCGCCUCGAUCACCCCCGGCACGGUCCUCAUCCUCCUUUCGGGCCGCUUCCGUGGCAAGCGCGUCGUGUUCCUUAAGCAGCUUGCUUCGGGCACGCUCCUCGUCACCGGCCCGUACAAGGUCAACGGUGUCCCGCUUCGCCGCGUGAACCAGGCCUUCGUCAUCGCCACGUCGACGAAGGUUGAUAUCUCGGACGUCAAGCUCCCGGAGAUCAACGACGCCUACUUCGCCCGCGAGAAGACGUCGUCGAAGAAGGACGAAGAGGCUUUCUUCGCCCAGGCCUCGACGGCUGCCAUCGUCUCGGAGCAGCGCAAGAAGGACCAGAAGAUCGUCGACGCCGCUCUUCUCAAGAAGAUCGCCGCCGUCCCGGCCCUCAAGCACUACCUCAACGCCAAGUUCUCGCUCACGAAGAACGACCGCGUCCACGAGAUGAAGUUCUAAAUGGAGUGCUUUACUCCAUUGGAAUGAGAGAUUGGCUAAAUGACAAUACAGCGCAGCUUAUUACUUCUA